AUGGCGGCUCUGUGUAGUGAGUUUGGGGACCUGGUCCAAAUUAAAAAACAGCUAAUAGCUGUCAUAUCACUUUUCAAAGAGAGAGGACUUCUACACAGUGCGAAGUGGGCUUCUGAAUUGGCAUUUGCAUUGGAUCCUCUUCCAAAGAAUGAAUUGCCCUCAGCAGUCCCUUUCACUGAGGAGGAUGCACAAGACCUGGAUGCAUUCACUCUGGCCAAAUCAUACUUUGACCUGAAAGAGUAUGACCGCGCUGCUUAUUUUCUGAAAGGCUGCUGCAGUCAGAAGGCUUAUUUCCUCUAUAUGUACUCUCGAUAUCUGUCAGGUGAAAAAAAGAAGGAUGACGAGACAGUGGACAGCCUAGGUCCCUUGGAGAAGGGUCAGGUGCGAAAUGAAGCUUUGCGUGAACUAAGGGUGGAGCUCAGUAAGAAGCAUGCAGCUGGAGAAUUGGACGGCUUCACCCUUUAUCUCUACGGAGUGGUUCUACGAAAGCUUGAUCUGCUGAAGGAGGCAGUGGAGGUGUUUGUUGAGGGAAUUCAUGCUCUUCCUCUUCACUGGGGUGCAUGGCUGGAGCUCAGUAACCUUGUCACAAAUAUUGAAAUGCUGAAAUCGUUGUCUCUGCCAGACUCCUGGAUAAAAGACUUCUUCAUGGCCCACAUGUACACAGAGCUGCAGAUGAUCAAAGAGGCACUGCAGAAAUACCAGAACCUCAUGGAGGCUGGCUUUUCAAAGAGCACCUAUAUCAUCUCACAGAUUGCUGUGGCCUACCACAACAUCAGAGAUAUUGACCAAGCUUUGGCUUUGUUCAACGAGCUCAGGGAACAGGAUCCGUAUCGCAUUGAUAACAUGGACACUUUCUCCAACCUGUUAUAUGUCAAGAGUAUGAAACCUGAGUUGAGCUACUUGGCCCACAACCUGGUGGAGAUUGAUAAGUACAGGGUGGAGACAUGCUGUGUUAUUGGUAAUUACUACAGCUUGCGCUCUCAGCAUGAGAAAGCUGCUCUCUACUUCCAGCGAGCCCUCAAACUGAACCCUCGCUGUCUCGGGGCCUGGACUCUCAUGGGCCACGAGUACAUGGAAAUGAAGAACACUUCUGCAGCCAUCCAGGCCUACAGACAUGCCAUUGAGGUGAACAAACGGGACUACCGUGCCUGGUAUGGCCUGGGUCAAACGUAUGAGAUCCUCAAAAUGCCUUUUUACUGUUUGUACUAUUAUCGAAAGGCUCACCAGCUCAGGCCCAAUGACUCACGUAUGUUGGUUGCACUCGGAGAAAGCUACGAAAAACUCUCUCAGCAAGUAGAAGCCAAAAAGUGCUACUGGAGGGCAUACUCUGUGGGAGAUGUGGAAAAAAUGGCUUUGCUCAAAAUGGCAAAACUCCAUGAACAGCUGAAUGAGGCUGAUGAUGCUGCCCAGUGUUACAUGCUUUACAUUCGAGACAUUUUCUCUUGUGGGGAAGUGCGGGACCUCUCUGAGGUGAGCACAGCCCUGCGGUACCUGGGUCAGUACUAUUUUAAGAACAAGCUGUAUGAUGAUGCGGCCAUCUGUGCUCAGCGUUGCUGUGACUACAAUGAUGCACGGGAGGAGGGGAAGGCUCUGUUGAGGCAGAUCUCUCAAGUCAGAGAGCAGAUCGAGACACCGUCUGCAGAUCUGUUUGCUCCACUGUCAAACAACAACACACCCGUGAGGAGGGUGUCUCCUCUGAACCUCAUCUCCUUCACACCCUGA